AUGGUUUUUGUGGUACUCAUGGACUGGAUCCAGAGCUUGAGUUCUUCCAUUUGUAACUGUCCCUGCUGGUCACGCAAGCACGUCGGUCUCUUGGAUACUGAAAAGGAGGCGAUCGUGAUGGAGGGUCAUAAAGGAGAACAUCUUUAUACUUGGGCAUUGCAACAAUGGCAACACAUAGGUUCACACCAAUCUGUCAAAGCCCUCACAAGGGAGGGCAGAAUCCUGGUGAAUGGCUGCAGGGUUGCUGAUUUCCACCGCCUCAGUGUGGGUGAUCACGUCACCCUUCACAUGGAACCCCAUGUCUUAUCUCUGUCGCACACCUUUGUCCGCCGGCAGGAGGUUUGUGCAGAGCAUCAAGGUAUUCGGCUGGAAGGCUUUUGUAAGAUCUUCUUCUCUGAUAUUCUCACUUCCCGCAAGGCCAUUCGUGAAGCUGUCAAGCAGGGCUCUGUGCGUGUGGAUGGCAUGCAGCUAGAACAUACUCGCAUUUUGCAGGAAGGUUCUUUGGUCGAAAUGUCACUCCCAGCCGUUGAGGCUUUGCGGGCACUAUGCCCGGCCAAUUGCUGGCCUCGGAUUGUUCAUGAGGACAACGCCAUAGCUGUCGUUUGGAAGGAGGCCAAUGUGAAGUCAACUGGUGGUUGGCAAACCGCUGAAAACGGUGCCAGGCUUCAAGUGAAAGCUUCUCGCGACUCUGAUGCUUUCGACGAAAGGUUGAAAUCCGUGCACCGUUUGGACAAGCCGGUGGCAGGCUUGAUGCUCAUGGCCAAGACCUAUGCUGCUCAUCGGCAAUUGAUGUUGUGGCUGAAGGAGAGGGGUCAGAUCUCCAAGAUCUAUCGUGCCAUUGUUGAGGGUGAUCCUUUGCCAAAGGCGCAGAAGGUGGACUUGAAGCAACUAAACGGAACAAGCCUUCAGGGGCUGUGGUCUUUUCAAGUGGACGUGCCAGUGGAAGGUCGGGAAUCCUUGAGCUAUGGCCGGAAGAUUGAGGAGAUAGAUGGCUUCAGCGUUUUGGAGCUUAGUCCCAUCACCGGGCGCAGACAUCAGUUGCGUCUGCACAUGGCUUCACUUGGAUGUCCCAUCCUGGGAGACUCUGAGUAUGGCCACGUGUCGCACCGAAACCACCGUGUCCGCGGCAUGCUGUUGGCCUCGGUCGGGCUGCGAUUUCCACAUCCCAUCACUGGGGAAGUCAUGGUGUUUCAGGAGCCGGAGCCUCCACACUUUCAGUGCUGGCGACUUGCCCAGGGCGAGAGCAGGUAG